UACGUGGUGACUUUACCGAAAGAACCAAGAAUAUGAAUCCCUGCAGUCACGAAAGCUUUAAAUCAAAAUUUAGUCCUAAGCGUUUUAAUAUCAGGGCUUCCCUGCCCAGCUUUAAAACAUCGCUGUCAAUUGCAAUUUAUUCAUUGACUCUUUGCACUUACAUUUUUUUCCGUAUUUGCAUACAAAAUCUAAACAAUUUUUGGCCAAAAUAUCGCAAGUUUACAUCAUAAAAUUACAAAACACACUCGUUCGUGCCUCCUAUUUUAGAGGUUUUUUUAUCCCCUGGAUCUGGCAACAGCCGAAGACGGCAGACAGCGGAGGGCCGAGGCGGCGGAACCCGCAAGGGAAGAGAAUUCGUGAUUUAAAUAUAUAAAUAUAUUACACGACAAAACCCCACGCGUUCCGGUCACAAACAAACACGCAAACACACGCACGCGCGCGGGUGCGCGGGCAAGAAUCGCACCGAAUCCUCGAUGUUGCCCGCCUCGUCGGCCGUUCGCCGCUCUCACGGCUGAGGCGAGGCCCCGCGGAGCCCGACGCGUCGAGGAGCCGAUGAUCGUGGGAAGCCGGAACGCGUGAUGUAUGAGGGCAAACACAUCCACUUCUCGGAGAUCGACAACAAGCCGCUGUGCUCGUACAGCCCCAAGCUCUGCAAGCAGCGCCGGCUGAAUGGCUACGCUUUCUGUAUCCGUCACGUCCUGGAGGACAAGACGGCCCCCUUUAAGCAGUGCCAAUAUGUGGCCAAGUACAACAACCAGCGCUGUACCAACCCCAUCCCUAAAGCGGAGGAUCGCGUGUACUGCAACAGUCACCUGCAGGUUCUGGGGCUGGUGCCUAAGAAGGAGCGGAAGAAAAAGUCGGAGCAGCUGGACGAGCCGAGGGAGCGGCAGCGCGAGCGCGUGGUGCAGCACAUCGCCGAGCUCGAGGCCCCGCCGGUGCUCACGCGGGUGCCAAACGGCUUGCACGCGCUCACGCCGGCGUGGCAGACGCUUAGCCAAUCCCCGCACCACCACCCUCAUAUGGCGCCAGCCACAGCUGGCGCCCCGACGGAUGACCCCUUCGCCUUUCCCGAAGACGACGAGCAUGGCCUCCGAAAGGUCGCCGUGAAGCGCAAGCUCCAGGGAAGGCCGCCGAUCGGCACUAGCGGCGGCGGGAGUCGCUCGAGACUUGUGGCCGAAAAAAACGGCGAGGUCAAGGACAUUUGCGGCAGUGGUGCGAUCAUAAAUACCUCGGCCUCUUCACCGGGUCACCUGAAGCCACACAAGGGGACGCCGCCUCCGACGAAAGCUGAGGCUCAUGGUGCCGCCGCGUCCUUGAGGUCGGCCCAGCCCCCGCCAAUGGUACACCGGCAUGGGGAGCGCUGUUUGUCGAGGACUCCUGUGGGCACCACAACGGCGGUACAGAGGGGGCUUGUACCACCCACGCCCCCAGAGUCACGGGUGGCUGGUGGCAAAGCGUUGGGAGGAGCCACCACUGGUGCCGCUGCUAGCGCCUCGUCGUCAUCGUCAUCAUCGUCGUCCUCGUCGCACACCUCCGCCAGGGCGGCCCAACGGCAUACCCAACCGGAUUGUGAGAGAAGCCGAGCACUGCGCCGGUUGCUGUACCGGAGCAGACAGCGGAAGCUGCUCGAUCAAGACCUGUUCACACACUUAGGCUGUGAUUGGUCAGAGGAUGAAAGCAGUGAAGAUGAGGAUAAGGUACUUCCUUGUCAAUCAACGUGGCUAUCCCACCAAGACCGGCUCGGUGAACAUGGAGUCCUCUACAGGUCGGAGUGCACAGGCUCGGACCGUGAGACGCGGAUAGCGGCGCUCUACAGCUCGCUGCGGCAUCGCUACUUGCAGCUGAGCCGCGUGGAGCGAGCGGCGGCGCGAAGGCAGAGGCACCUUCGUGCUCACAGCCGUGCCUUGUUGCGCGGGGCGGCCUUGUGCCCGGACGGCGUGGCAGUGUUGCUGCGCCGGGACAAGCAGCCCGCCGCGACGCAUCAGCCCGGGACAUUGCACCCGCAGCCUGCGACGUCGCACCAGCAGCCUGCAACGUCACACCAGCAGCCGGCGACGCAUCCCGUUGCUUCGAAAGAGGCACCAGCGGCGUCGGCAGAGACCGUGCGAGCCGGGCAGUGCUGUGUGCAGGUCAAGGGCCAGCUGUGCAGGAGCCCGACGCUGCCGUACAGCCUGCACUGCUUCCAGCAUAUCCUGUGCAGCAGCUCGCAGCGGCUCUUCUCCAGCUGCACGGCGCGCUUCGCCGACGGGCAGCAGUGCUCCGUGCCUGUGUUCGACAUCGUGCACCAGACGCCGCUGUGCGAGGAGCACGCCAAGAAAAUGGUGCGUGCGCGGCCCCGGCCCGCCAGCAUGGACAACUUCCUACGCGGAGAUUGGAGCCGGAAGGCGCAGCAACAGCAACAGCAGCAGCGGAAACCACGUAAGAAGUCAAAACCGCCGGCGCUCAGCAAGAAGCACAAGAAGAAGCGGCGGCGCCCGACCAUGCGACCCCAGAAACCCAUCCCUCCCGCCGAGCCGCAGGGCAACCUGUGCAUCCCGGCGGCCACUCCGCCACCCUCCACACCCAUCGUCACAGAGCCGUCCUGUGUGGCACGCCUAAGCCCGGUGAGUGGAGACGUGGAGGAGGAUGACAUCGCCCCGGAGCUGUCGGACGAGCUGGAGCUAAACCAAGAGGACCUGGACGAGGUGCUGCCGAAACUGCACGUGGACCUGCACGACUUUGACCUCUUCGAAGGCAAGAAUGGCGAGCUGCUCCCGACCAAGGAGGAGGCGGAGGCGCUGGAGCGGGCGCUGGUGGCGGCAUCGCACGCCGUCACCUCCCUCGAGCACCUGGGCUCCAUGGACGACGAUGAGGAGCUCGUGGCCAGCGACGACCUCGGCUCCUUCAACCCCGACCUGCACGAGCUGCUUGGCGGCACCAUCGCCGCCGACUCCUUUUCCGCCCUCGACCUCGAGCAGCACUUCGGCAGCGCCGGUGCUGUCGUGGCGGCGGCGGCGGCCGCGGCAACGCAGCUGAGCCUGGGUCUGGAGCACCACCACCAUCAGCACCACCCCCACCAGCAGCUCCACCACCAACAUCAGCAGGACUGUGGCGGUGUGUCUGUCAUCACGCACUUUUCGCCACAAAUGCCGUCCUUCCAGACGUUGCCGCUCCUGCCCGCAAGGCCGCUGCUUGUUAAGCCAGACGGUCAAGCAUCGUCGUCAACGCCUCCGCCGCUGAUACCAGCCGGUUUUGUCGGUGACGGCGGAAGCGGUGAGCGAUCGGUGCAGUCGCCGCUGCAGGAUAGUUCCCUCUUCGGCAGCGAGCGAGUACCGUCACCAUUCAUUGGCAUCGACAGUGGUGAGGAGCCGGCGUCGGUGAGCGGAGUUACGGUCGCUGUCACGACCCAAUUUACGGGGAGCGAGGAAUCGCAGGCCAUGCUGGGACACUCGCUGCCGCCCUCCAUGUCGCUGUCCGUACCCCCCGGCACUGUGACCACCACCACCGCUGGGCUGGUAAUGCAGAGGUCGCCCUCCUGGGGGUCGCUGGUGUUAACCGACGCUAGUGCGUUUGCCGCAGGGGCGGCGCAGGACGGGGCGGUGCCAUGCACGGCGUCCACAAUGCUCACGUACUCCCCGGACGGCAUCCCCGCACCCAUCGGCACCAGCCUCGUUCAGACGCUAGCGUCAACCGGCGCGCACUGUCUCCCGCAGGCUCUUGAUGUCACCACGCAUUCCCCAUUCUCCGCGAGCGGCACCACAGGGGCGGCGGCUCAGUCGCCCGCUCUGCUCACGGCAGAGCUGGCGGCAUCGCCGCUGGGGCCACUCGCUCAGGCGCAUGCAACCGGGCAGGUGCUGAGCUCCCCCGGCACGAGCGCUGGGCAGGACUUGGCGACUGCAGCGGCCGUGGCCAGCAUGGGGACAGCACCUCUUUCGAACUCUGCGCAAAGUGCGCAACUGCAGACGCAAGCGCAGCUGCUGCAGCAGCAGCAGCAGCAGACAGGAAGUUGGAACUCGUCACUUGCGCAGCAACAGCAUAAACUGCCACAGUUCAGCGCAGCAUUUGGCUCGCAGUUGUCGAGUGGCCGAGGUGGGAUUCCCAAAGAUGUGCAGCCGCUAUGCUCGGUUGUGCCACCGUUGGCUCACUCAACGACCGCCUCGACACUGUCGAACUCCGGCGGCAGUGGCGACGGCGGUGUCGGCAGCACCAUCAACGCGAUGCCUCCCACGGUACCUCCACGACCACCUUCCUCCACCUCUCCCCCGCCUCCCACAUCGCCAUCGCAGGGCAAAUCGUGACUCAUGGCUGCGAACGCUUGUGAAACGCAACGACUCUUACUCCUAGCACUGUGACGCUGACAGCCACUGGCAAAAAAACAAUAAUAAAGAAACGUACGCCGCUCGGGCAUUGCUUGGGUUUUGCGGGGAAAAAGCAGUGGUGGAUCUUGGCGGACGGAGGAUGCAGCUCUGGAGAUUUGCAAAUCGGUGGUGAAACGCUAAGUAGGCGAUUUGAAAAGUUGUGCGGCAGCCAUUGGCAUUUGAGUGCAGAGUGAGGUGAGUCAUGACAGGGAAAGCUGUGAUGAACAAGUGUGUGCGAGGUGUGUGUGUGUGACUUUAUAGUUACAAAAGUGUAUAAGGAUCUUAGAAUGUAACAAUAUUUUGGGAGGGUUAUUUUUUCUCCAAACUCUGUCUUGGCAUAAUAUGCAAGCCUGGUAAAGGGAGUGGGUGUGGGAAGCAUAUACGAGCGGUGUUGAAGUUCAUGAUGCAGUACGGUUGGAUUUUGGGGAUUUUACAAUUAAGCCAGGAAUCUUUCCCACCUCCUGCUAUAUAGUAUUAAUUGCCAUCCAGUAAUGCUUGGCCCACGUUGGCUCACUGACAGUCAUUAAUAUGUUAGGACACCAAAGUGCUUGUGUCACGUCCAGACAUAGCCAGCUGUAUGCCACAGUUACAAACGGCCGGAAAUGUUGGUGGGUUAUCGGUGUGAGUUGGCCACUGAGACAACCCUUACGGUGCACCAGUUUGACCACAUUGUACUAUUUGGCAUGUGUACAUGCCACCUGACAAACAUAUCGGAAGAGCACUUACAGAAAUAAUUUAUCAGAAGAUCUUUGCUGUGCACGUGUAUCUAUGUAAAAAGUAAUGUGUAAGGGAAAGAACUGAAGCGCAGUGGUUAUGACCCCGGCCACCUUAUUUUGAUUCUCAGCCACAGAUGAAAUUAGUGCCGAGUGGUAAUCUGAAGCAAUCCCCCCCCCCACCUUUUACCAACCCACACGAGCCAGUGUGAAGUAUGGUCAAACAACAUCGUGGGGAUGCCUCUUCAUCCAGCACUGCAUUGAUAAAGGACUGUAAAUUAUUAAGGGUAGGUAAACUUGUAAAUGGUCAACCAGAAUUAUCUUGUCUCUUAAUGAGCUUUGUGAACGAUGGGAUAAAGGUAACUGACAAUUUUUAAUUUUCUCUCAACUAAAACUUCAGUAUGGGCAUUUAACGGGUUAUUAACGGGUUAUAAACAGUUGUGUGCGUAUGACCAUAUAGCAGCUGUACUGCUGGUGAGACCCAACAAGAGGCCAAGACACUUGUGUACGCAGUAGCUGUUCUGAACCAAGUGUAUUUUUUAGUUGUGCGAUUGUGCAUGGUUGUCAGUGUUUAUCUCAGUAAAGUCGAAGCACUACAAAUGAAAAAUUAAACCCACACUCAAAAGGGUGGAAUCUCAAAUAAAACCAAGCUCAAAAGUUGUUUUUGUUUAUCCCAUAAAUGAUCAUGUUGAACGGUGCGCAGUUGCGUUCUGCCGAUUUAAACAAGAGGGCAGAGCUUUGGGGUUGGUUGUGCGUGCCACUCGUAAUGCCCGUGAGGAAGUACCUGCGUCGAGUGUCCAGACUGCGUUCAGCAGGAAACUCAAUCGUCACAAACGGAGAACGCCUGAAGAGGGCGAGUCAUAAUAUGUAUCACUAACUUAAUUUGAUGGUAGUUUUCAUUUGUAGUUGUACACCAAUGCCAGUGCGAUGGCAAAAGACCGGUGGUACUUAUGAACACUUGGGACUCCUGCAAGGUGCACCAUUUUUAAAUCUUCGUGGUUGCUUGUCGAUGAUGAAAUACAAGUGUAAGGUAUACAGAUUUAUUGGAAUGCUCACCUGGUAAAGGUCGUGCUGUUAAUAUAAUUAUCCUGUAAAGCGACCUAUUUUUUUAUUCAACAAAUUGUCCACUGCCCUCAAAAGACAUUGCCACAGAGCGAAGGACGCACUGUGAACGUGGCGUUUUGUGAAUUGGCGAGGCCGGGUGACUUAGGAAUAUUAAGUUGCGUCUUUUGUCAGUGAGAUUGUAUUGUACGCAUUGUAUUCUAUUCUAAAUGAUCCAGAUUUAAAGGAGAAAAAUAAAACACAAAAAAUUGUCCGUUUAAAUCAUUGCUGUACACUUGUAUAUGAGGUGAUUGUUGACUGUGCUGACACGUUUUUGAAUAGAAGAUAAUCAGGAAAAAAAUGUGUGCUAAGCUUUUUUUACGUGUGACCUUUUUGGAAAUAAGCAGUUAGUGGUAACUGGGCAGAAACUGAAGUUUGAUUUAAAACGACCAAUUGUUUUGUCUUACUGUUACCAGCCAAUUUAUUUUUUACUGCUCUAUUUAUUUGACACUUAACUAAAUGUAUAUUUCUUGUGCGCGGUGUUGAAGUAAAAGAUCUAAGCUUGCGACACUUCCUACAAUUUGUGACAUGGCAUGAAAAAUGUCGGCAGGGGAUUGAAUACAGGGCAAAGGUAAAUUGCUUCAAAGACACGCCGGCUGUGCUUUAGGUAAGAAACGGCCAAUAACAAUUGUAAGUUCCCAUGCCGUUUAUAGUUUGAAUUUAUACCCUUUCCCCAUUGCCCCCACAAACGGUAAUUGUUCUCUUAGAUUCCAAGCCCACCGUGUACUUCAACGACAAGCGAUACGUGCGUGUGUAUAUAGGUGGUGGUGGUAUGUGCCACUUCAAUUGCCCUGUUUCAUGGCCCUAGCAAAGGCAUUGUUAGUCAAAUAACCUCAGAUGCUCAUGUUUACUGCGACAAACCAAUUACAUGAAACUGAAAGCCAUGAAUGAUCGCUUUUAUUAUUUGUUCGAUUUUUUUCGUUUUUUGAAAAAUGCACUUUGUCCUCUUUCCUACACUCAGAAUCCAAAACCACACUUCGCGUUACAGAUCUGUGAUGGCAAUCAGGUUUUCAUAACUGAUUCUACCUAAUCGUCGGCGGUUUGGGAGGCGCGCACGCGGUUUUACUUCUGGGUGGAGGUGCGCCACGUUGGCAUCACUCGAAAACGAGCGCAGCCUCGCGGUGGGUUUCGCGUGGAGCGUUUCACUUCCUCUGGUAAAAGUUCACCGGUGCAGGGGCAGGUCACACGUUGUGAGGCCUGUAACCUUUGCACCGGUUCGCAAGUGUUGUUUGGAAGGGUUUGUGGUGCUGAAUUAAAACCAAUGGAAUUUUUUUUUAUCAAAUAAAGCAAAUGCAAAUACUUUUUUUCCCCCGCCUCUCCCACACCCUUUUGGGAAGUUAAAGCUUUAGAUGUUCACUUAAGCAUUCAUGAAAAAAAAAGCUUUUCUUUCUUUCCCGUUAUUUCACCCAACUCGCACGUCAAAAUUAAUGCACACUUUAAUGGUCACGGUUACUUUCUGCAGCAUACACCCCCUUCCUUAAAACACUUGCCUUUACAAAUUGUGAGAUUGCAGGCUGGUCGGGUCAGUGACUAGUGUUUCUCGGUGUAUUUUUGAAUGUAUAUUAAAAACCGUUGCUGUAGCGUUUAGAUUGUGUAAUUUCACACUUUUUAAAAAGUCCUGUAAAGCUGUUGAUGUUCAUCCCCGAGUUUACGACUGUAAAGAAUUUCCAGUGUACAAAUGCUGUAACAUCUGUAUAUAACGUGAAUAAAUAUCACAGAUAAUA